UCCGGGAUUAUAUAAAGCGCAGGAAGUGGGUCUGGCGCUCAGCUCGCGCGCAGCUGAAAGUUGAGUGUUCGUGUGUUUAGCGGAGUUCCAGACAAAAAUCACCACCACCAUCAUUACAUCUCACUGCUAACUCUCCUGCUGAAGCUGAGAACUGCUCGCUCUGAGACACUCACCGGAUGGUCAAGGCUGCAAAUCCCCCUUUCCAUCUCCUCCUCCUCCUCGGCGACUUGAGCUUGCUUUUGGGGGCUCAUGAGUUAUUCAUGAGCGCGAGGAGAAUGUGACUCUCGGGGGCGGGGUUUCACGCACUUGGAGGCGGAGUCAGGCACGACAGGGAAAUUAAGAUCCUCCAAUGCGCUCUAUCGUCACUGCACUGGUUAGAAGAUGAUCGAAAUGUCUGUCGAGAAAGAGACUGUUGUAGCGAACGAUCGGUCUGCGUACGCGUCUUUAGCGCGCCCGCAGCCAGAACUUUCCGGAAACUGUGCUGUAAACCCUAAGAACUCUGCCGUAACGACACACACCGGCGAGGAAAAUGGAACCCGUGACCCCGCUGAAGAGGACGUGAACAAAACCGCAGUCAUCGAGGACGUGAACACGGAGUCAGUCUCUGUGACCCAAAACCAAGACGGUGUCCAGAAUCCCAAACCCCAUCAGCAGAGACCGAACAAACGUCGGAGUACGAUAAGCGCCGGCUUUAAGCAUCCCGUGUUCGGGAAACGGCGUCGCCGUGCCAACUCCGAGAGCGAGUCCGUCCUGCCGACCAACUUCCUGCUGGGCGGGAACAUCUUUGACCCGCUCAACCUCAACAGCUUAUUGGACGAAGAGGUGAACCGGGCUUUAAACGCAGAGACGCCCAAAUCUUCUCCGCUGCCACCUAAAAGCCGGGAUCCGGUCGAGAUCCUGAUUCCGAGGGACAUCACGGACCCGCUGAACCUCAACGGGUGCACCAGAGGGGACGCCGGCAUCGUGCUUUCACCUUUUAAAAGCGGCGGAGGACGGAGGCGACACCGGAACCGGCACCAUGGAGGAAUAGUGGCAAGAGGAGGUGUGGGAAGAGGAAGAGUAGGUGUAUUAGGAGAACCUGAGAACAUAGAGAGUGUCGUAGGAGGUGAUGGUGUGGCCAUGGAUGUCAACCAAUCAGAAGUGUCGAAAUCGGAGUGCAUGUUAACAUCCCCAGGGUAUAACCUUCAGAACAGCCCAGAACCCGAAGCUGUUUUGCAGGUAGAAAUGAACGAGUCUGACUUUCCCCCAAAACAGGACGUUCAUGAGGAAAAAGACAACACGCAGACUCCUGGGACACACACAUCGCACCGCCAACGCAGACGGAAGCGCAGCAGCAGCAGAUCGGAGAACGCUGGUGGUCCGUGUUGGGAAAAGAGCCGAACGACAGGUCCGGAAUCGGCACCACAACAUCCUCCAAACCAGCGGGGGCAGCAAAGGAACAACCACAAACAGACCCCAAGAAACUGCAAUCAGCACAAACCAAACCAGCAACAUCAACACCAGAAAAAAAAGUUUCAGUACGGGAACUACAAUCAGUACUACGGUUACAGGAACCCGGGUGCCAUCGAGGACGCACGGAUCCGUGUUUUUGAACCGGAAUGGUUCCAGGGUAAGGAAGUCCUGGAUUUAGGCUGUAACACUGGUCAUGUGACUCUUACCAUUGCAAAGAACUGGCGUCCAGCACGCAUCGUGGGUUUGGAUAUCGACAGCACACUGAUCCACGCAGCGAAACAAAACGUCCGGCAUUAUCUCUCGGAAGUGCACACGCUCCAGGCCAGGAAAGAGACCGGGAGAGGAGAAGAUGGAGAGGAAAAAGACAAAGAGAAACCAUCUGUAGAUAUUAGACAAAAAGGCGGAUCAGAGGACGGAGAGAACAAGACGGAACAGAUUAAAGAUUCCAUAUCGUCCAAUGAGAAUCGCUUAUUUCCUGUUUCGCUCUGUGUCUCCCGAGGACCGAUCGCUGCUCCUCCUCUACCGGACACGCCCACACUUCCUCCUGGGAAUUUUCCUUCCAACGUCACCUUCGUAAGGGCGAAUUACGUGUUGGACAGUGACGUGUUGUUGGAGACUCAGCGUGAGGAAUUUGACGUGAUCAUGUGUCUGAGUGUCACUAAGUGGAUCCACCUGAACUGGGGUGACGUCGGUCUGCGUCGCUUCUUCCAGCGAGUGUAUCGUCACCUUCGCCCAGGCGGCCUCUUCAUCCUCGAACCCCAACCCUGGAACUCCUACAACAAGAGAAAGAAGCUCACGGAGACGAUCCAUAAUAACUAUUUCAGUAUCCAGCUGAAGCCGGAGCAGUUCUCCUCCUUCCUGACCAGCGAGGUGGGCUUCUCCAGCUACGAGCUCCUCGGAACUCCCAACACGUCGUCACGAGGUUUUCAGAGGCCGAUUUAUCUGUUUCACAAAGGAACUGCUCUCGAAAGUGAGUGAGUGUGUGAGUGUGUGAGUGAGUGUGUGAGAGUGUGUGAGAGUGUGUGAGAGUGUGUGAGAGUGUGUGAGAGUGUGUGAGAGUGUGUGAGAGUGUGUGAGAAAUCGGGAUCAAGACGAUGUGCAUGCUCUGGGGAAUUCUCCACAUAUCACUGGAGGAAGUCCAAUUCUGGAACGCUUUCAUCACUUCCUCCUGAUGUCAGACAGAAACGUAGAAGGAGACGUGACGAGGCGAGACGGACGUGUGCUCUCUGGUUCUCUGUAUCUGUGGAAAAGAAAUGUAAAAAACUAAAGUUUAUUUUGUGUGAGGGAUUGGAUUUUUUUAUUUUUGGGGUUUUGGAUGAAGAAUCGGCUAAACGUCGUAUCUGAGAUGAUUUGAAGAUGGAUGUUGGACUCAUGUCACACGUUAUUGUAUUCCUGUGCUGUAAAACCUGAUGACACGUUCAGGUGAAAUGACUUAAUCAGGCCGAGUUUAUACGUUAAUCCACUCCACUUUUCCUUCUAAACCCCCUCUCCCCCUCUCCCCUGUGAUCUCCUCCUGGACUUCCUCCUGGUGCUUUACAUUCCUGCAGAGACUCACCCCAACUUUUCACAGUUAGCGAGAACAUUAACGCUCCUCAGGACGAAUCAGAACUACUCCAAACUCAUUUUCCUUUUAUGGUACUAAAAUCAACUUGCAGGUUUCACUGGGUGCAUAAUCAAGGUCACGAGGUCACAAGGUCACCUUCUGUUGCUACGGCAGAUAUUUGGUCCGAAUAAAUACGACGUGUGUGUAUAAAGAUAAAAAAGAGGUCUGAUCUCAAGCGACACGCAGCCCAGGUUUAUUCAGCAACAGAAGAGAUGAACUGAAACUUUUUUCCCGUUUUUACAAAAACCAAAAGACGGGAUGAGGGUCGUCAUCGUCUUCUCUCUUUCUCUCUGUUUUAGUUUGUGUUUUAAAAAGCGAGGUAUUAAAUCCUUCACGGAUCAGAUGAAUGUUGUGUUAAAGCGCAGUGUAACUGGAUAAUAAACCAAAUUUUGCUUUUAA